UGAAAUCAACCAGCCAGUUCUACUUUCAAUUUUAAAUUAGGAACUCAGAGUAUGUCUAAAGUGUUUAGCUCUAUGGAAGCCUUUUAUCCACCAGACUCAGGAUCUUCCUUCUCUAAGCAGACCCUUUUGUGGUUGGAAAACUUUAGAUUCACUGUGUUGAAUGUGCACUCAUCACUCCAUACCGGGGCGACUUACGACUGAGAUGUCACCAUAUUUUGAGAUGAGAAAACUAAGUAAUCACAACCUUCAACGGGCAACACUUAAUACUUCUGAACGGAGGCAAAGACACAAAUCUUCACUGAUUACAGGCAGAUGUAGGCAAAAUGUGUCUCCAUUGUUUUUUGGCCAUAUUGUUGCUAUAACUGUGGUGAUCCGUUUCCUCGUUAUGUUAGCGAUAUGGGCUGCCGUAUUCACCAACUCAUUAAUCAUCCAACGAGUUUCGUUUCCUUCAAUGGAAAGUUACUGUGGCCCAUGUCCUAAAAAUUGGAUAUGUUAUAGAAACAUCUGCUACCAGUUUUUUCAUGAGAAGAAAAACUGGUACCAGAGUCAAGCUUCUUGUGUCUUUCAAAACUCCAGCCUUCUGAAGAUCUACAGUAGAGUGGACCAGGAUUUCUUUAAUUUGGUGAAGUCGUUUCAUUGGAUGGGACUAGUACGAAUUCCCAAAACUAGAUCCUGGCACUGGGAAGAUGGCUCAGUUCUCUCACCAGAUCAUCACUCAAGAGUUAAAUGCAAGAAGUGCAGGUAAUCUGUCCACACUGAGACCCAAGGAAUACAGCUGAGAGCCUGGAUCCCACAACAAUGACCUGCAUUGCCUAGGACCCAUGACAACGCCUCCCAUGAGUCCAGCUGGAGGUCUAGAGCCCAUCACAACGACUCAUACAAGUCUGUUUUAUGAAUAUGCACUGAAAAGGUCCGAAGGUCAGUGGCAGAAACUAGAAAAUCUAUGCCAGGGGGAUAGAGGAUCUUUGCCAGUAGGUUGAGGGUUCUACACUGGAGCCAAAAAGCAACACUCAAAAUAAGGACCAACGCUCCCCUGGAAAGUACCACAGCUAUCCUCAGGCACUAUGAAGUCCCAGGUUCCUCUGACAAUGAGAAGAACUGAGUUCAUAUCAGGAAGCCAGCAUGACAAACCUCCUGCAGAUUGAGCAGCACACCAUAUUCUCCUCUGGAGCCAGGAAGCGAUACUCAAAGCAAGGACUAGACUCCCCCAAAGUGAACCACAGCCAUUCUCAGCUACAAGGUACCAAGAUCCUCCAAUGAUAUCAGCAAAGUUUAUAUCAGGGAAGAAGCUCCACAGGUUCCUUCAGGAGAACCAACAGCUCCAAACAACAACAGUGCUUAGGAGAACUCACAGGGCUCCUUUUUCCUCUUCAGUUCUCCUUUUUAUGCGGGCAACAGUCCACUGGUGGGUCCUCUAAGCUCAGCACCACACUGACUCAAUCCAGCUGGUUUUCAUCUUGAUCACCAAAUAUCAAUCCACCAUAAUGUGUGAGGUCAUUCAGGAACAUCCCUGAAUAUUCUGAGAUAGUGUCUUCAUUUCCAUUUAGCUCAAACUAGCUUCCAUAUGCCCUUCUACAAUUUUCUUAAAUUGAUGUGUGACUUAAAAAAGUCUUAUUUAAUUUCUAACAUUUGAAAAAUUUCUAGUGAUACCUCUGAUACUAUUUCUCAUGUUCCAUUUUGAUCAAUUUACUGUGUCUUCCUUGACAUCUCUUAAACUUAACUGAAAUUGGUUCUGUGGACUAGACUAUACUCUGUGUUUUCAAAUGUUCCACAUCUACUUUUACAGAAUGUAGACUCACUCAACCAUUCCUUUGUAGAAUGUUCUAUAAAUGUCAAUUAAAUCAAGUUAUGUAAGA